UACACGAAACAGGUCACCGUACUCCAACUGCCGCCGCCAAUCACAGGCCUCGAAGCCAAUCGCCUCCAAUGUCUUCAAUGAGGAGCUUCCAAUGAGUCGACGACCUACAACGGAGGCCUCUUGUAUUCGAUUAUUAUAGAAGCGCACAAACUCCAAGGGCCUUCAGCGAUCACAUUGUCUGUGUUUCGGCAUCCAUCGUGGUGGCCGACGACGCUUGCGACACUGGGACGACCCCCAAACACCAAACGACCACGAAGCCUUGGUUGUUGAUCGAGGGUCCUGCCUCGGUCUCAAGCAUUGGCCCAAACGUCGAAGUGACGGGCACCAAAGAUGCAGAGGGGGAGACGGGGGCCGACAAUAUAAAUCAGAUCCAUACUGCGACAGAUCCAGAUGUGGCGACGAUGGAGCCCGCCGAACCCACCAAGUCGCCUCCAGGAGUCGAUGCGCCAGACACGACAGAAAGCGCAACUCCAAUAGGGAUCAAAUCAUCACCUCCUCCUCUGCCAGUACCAGCGCAGGCGCAAGUGUCGACUCCGAAUGUAGAAAACGAGGGCGACGCAACUCCUGCUUCGGGGAGCGACUCGGAAGCGGAGACGGUGGUGCUGCCUGGAGCUGAUGGCUACUCGCCAUCGAAGAUUCGAAAGAAGCGAAAGAUCAAGCUCGAAGACAAGACAAACGAAAAUGGUGGCGACAUCAAUAUGGAUAUUGAUGUUGACAUUGACAAAGGUACUCACAUCGCCCAAGUAGACGUGAAAGCUGAGGAAGGUCAAACCUGGAAUGAAGGCGCAGCUUCCCUUUUGGGAAAGAGAAAACGGUCGAAACAUGGCAGCGCUACUAGACCUGAUGAUAACCAUACGGGGAAUUCCAGCGGAUUAAGCUCUGUGCCGACGUCACCUGCUGCUCGAUCAUUGCCAGGUCCACCCAAGAGAACCGGCUCUGAGCCAGCAAGGUCCAGGUCCCCGUCACCAAGCGCGCCUCGAAAGGAGAAGCGACACCUAGAGCAGGUAAACAAUGAGUCGGGAUCUGAACGUGAUAAGGACAAUUGUCGCUCACAUAAGAGGCGAAACUCCAACGCGAAUAAUUCUGGUAAACACAGCAAAAAUUCCGCCACAGACGGUACACCUCAGCAUCACCGAACGGAGUCUCCUUCGCCCACAAGGCAUAACAACACAUCUGCUGCGAAUGGCUUAAGCCAUAAAAAGAAAGCUAUCCCAGCUCCACUGCGCACAACCAAGGACCAUUCCAUCGACUAUCAAUCUGACGCAUCAUCAACUGGCGAGUCGCCAUACACCCGACGCUCGAGAACACGCAAUCUUGGGACACCUCCAACCGGGGAUCUAGCUCACUCCGCAAAGAUGCCCCCGCAUCGUAGAAGGCCAGAUAGAUAUGGACGUACGCCACUCACGGAUGCAUGCGAAGAUGGGGACUAUGAUAAGGCGAAGCACCUGCUUGCAGAGUAUCCAGAGGACCUCGACCAACCAGACGCAGCUAGGAACACGCCUUUGCAAUGUGCAAGCUUGAACGGCCACGAAGACAUUGUCCAAAUGUUACUUCAGAAUGGCUGCAACGUUCAUUGCAAGAAUGACCUUGGAGACUCGCCUCUUUUGGAUGCUGUAGAGAAUGGCCACUUGCAAGUAAUCAGACUUCUUCUUGGUGCGGGUGUGGAUCCCCGUGCACGAAAUAAGUUGGGUGAGGAACCUAUCACGAAAAUCAAUGAAGACGAUGAGGAUGCCGAUGCAAUACGGGAAGCUCUUUUAGCGGCCCGCUUGACAUAUGCACAAGCCCGCCCCUCAGCCACUAGCCAGACUCCGCAAGCCGAAACCAGUGACUCUAGGAAUCGAAGGACCAUGAGCCACGGCAGAUCGAAUAGGACUGGCCAGCACCAGCUUUACACACCACUCACUGUCACCACUCUCAGAACUGCGGCAGCCAAGGGCGACCUUCAAACGGUGGGCUUGGUAGCUUCAGUUCUCGAAGAAGGCCUCGAUGAUGCUGAAUCUUUGAUCGCAGCAGCCAAGGGCGGCCACGAUGAAGUCCUGCAGAUCCUACUGGCAGUCGGCAAUGCGAACCCUGAUCCAUCUCCUAUCCCUGGGUCCUGGGAGUACUCCACGCCAAUCCUUGCGGCAAUUGGCGGCGAGAACAUGAAGGUCAUUGAGCUGCUUCUUGCAAAUAUCGAUGACGGUAGAUUCGACCCGACAAAAACUUACCGUGGCCGAACCUACUAUGAGAUUGCCAAGGAACGUGCUGGGCCCCUUUGGGAGGAUGAGGAGAAGCUCCUGAAAGGUGCCUUUGAUAACUACAAAUCGUCAGCACGAUCUGGUCGCUCUGGUCACUCCUCCAACAAUCAACCAACUAGGUCUCACAGGAAGAAGCCAUCGGAUGCCUCCGACAGACCAAACGGAAGCAAGGAAAAGCAUCAGGCCGGGGACAAUGGAGUUGACCACAGACGGGAUCGAUUGGGUUCUCCAGGUAGAAAAGGCGUGAGUCGUUCUAAGGAAGGUGGUGAGGCUCUUGACCGAGAAUCAGUCCCGUCACCUUCUCAGGAGAGAAAGAGAUCAGAGCUCGAUCGAACUGUUAGCCCGUCUGAAUCGGAACCAACCAAACCUAGGCGCAAGUUAAUAUCUGGGAGAGAUUUGAAGGGUGGACGCGAGAAGCAAAAAUCAAAUACCUCUAUCACGUCUCCGCCUGGGGCAACCUCGGCUGGCGCUGAUGACGAUAAGUUAGAUGCUGCUGGGAGAAAGAAAAACCUACAGCGUUCUGACUCUAAGGCUGCCUCUGAUUCUGUGACUGAGCGGUCGAGGUCCGCUAAGCGAGAAAAGUCGUCAGACCGCAUGUCAACAAUCAGAGCUCAGUCACCAACAAAGAGACCGAGGACAAGCUCAACACCUCCAUCUGAAUCGCAAGAAGCUUCAAAUAAACGCAGACGUCUCGAAUCGGAAUCAAAGGGGCUACGCCGUUCCGAGAGUGUACGAGACACAUCUCCUAAUCAUCGCAAGCCAAUGCCACCUAGGUCAGACUCAUCAACGCAAAAACCUAGCUCCUCAAAGGAACAAAGGCUUGAACCUGGCCGUAAAGAAAACCAGAAGCUGUCCAGCAAGCCAACGCUUUCUGGCGAAAAAUCAUCUUCUCACAAAGAGGCCAGACCUCGUCCCACUGAGGGUGUGCCAAGCGCCAGAUCAAGCCAAGAGGCCGAUCAGAAGACCAAUUCCGCCGAAGAGGCUGCAGCACUCAUUAAGAAGAAGGCUCAGAAGGAAGCAAGGGAAGCAAUGGACGCGGAACGCGAGAAGGCAGAGCGUGAAAAGGCUGAGCGAGAGAAGGCAGAGCAAGAGAAGGCAAAACGAGAGAAGACCGAACGUGAGAUGAAGAUCAAGAAGGAAGAAGAUGACCGUAUUGAGAAGGAACGCGCCGAGGAAGCAAAGCGACGCGUAGAAGAGGCUCGUGUAGCCCGUGAAGCAGCAGAGAAGCGCAAACUCGAAGAGCAGGCUAAGCGAGCGGAAGAAGACGCUAGGAGAGCGAAAGAGGAGGCCGAACUCCAAGAACAGCAGAGGCGCGAAGAAGCCGAGGCGCAGCGUCGUGCUGAGGAGGAAAGAAAGCACAAGCUUGAGGAGCAGCAGCGCAUUCAGCGCGAGGAAGCAGAACGCAGACGAGCUGCCCAUAUUGCCGAACAGCGAGCGGAGCGCCUCCGUGUUAUGAAAGAGAAGGAGGCAGCGCGCCUUGCAAUGUUGCCUCCUUUGCUGCGCUGGUUUGAUGGUUUGGCCCAACCCGCAAUGGCAGAGGUUGCUGUGAAGUUCAAGUUUAUGCAAGGCGUCCGCUAUGAUACGAUCGUUCCUGAGGCAACCGGUAAGCCAGACGGUAGAGAGCAGUGGGUGCUAAACACGCACGUCGCGCUCCUCCUCGGCGAGAAGGACCUCCAACUCAGCCGAUACACAGCAUGGGAGCGCGUCUCUGCUUCAUUCCUCGCCAAACAAGGUCUCUGGCGUCUUAAUAAAGACAUGUACUCGAUGACACGCCCGGACCUGUACCCCUACAACCCCCAGUUCGCCGCGAACCCUUUCCAGAGAGUAUCCCCCAUGGAAGCCAACGACAUGCGCAAAGCCACCUUGCCGCUCUUCCUCGGCCUCGACCUAUUCUUCGUCAAGGUCGCAGACCUGAUGUUCAUCGCGCCGUCCAUCCCGCACCUGCGUAACCUCCAGCUCAAGGUCGAGUAUUACGAGGCGCUCCCUGAUGAGAGCUGGCUGGACCGCUGGGCCGCGCCGGACAAGUGGAAGCAGGACCCUGACUGCGAGAAGUACUUGGGAUUUGCGCCAGGCACGAAAACGUAUGUUAAUGGCGACCUGGUGAGCCAGGGGGGUGCACAGUUGGCAGUGGUGUCACACAGGCCGUUUCCAUCGACGAGGGUUCCUCGCGCGGGGUUCAUGGAGGUGAAGAAGGGGGAGCCGGAGUAUGAAGAUCUUGCGAAGCAGCAGGAUCUGGGAGAUGGAGAGGUUAAUGGGCAGGUAGCGAAGGGGGGGGCGAAUGGACAUGCGGAGGCUGAGAAGAGCGGGGGCGAGGCACCGAAGAAGGGGGAGAGCGAUGCGGGUGUCACGGAUGGAGUUGGCGCGAAUGGGGUUCUGUGAGCGUAGGGAGGGCGGAUUGGUUUGGUUUUGUGUGGCUAGCUGUUUGGCUUUGUUUACGAUACCUGUUAUGAUAUGGCGGUCUGCACGAUGUAGGUGUCGUUGGGACGGCGAGAUGUGAUGAGGUGGGUGGAGGAGGGGUGACUUAAUGAUGGGCGGGUGGGUGUUUUUAGUGACGAGGGAUCGGAUACAAGAAGGCAACGAAUUAGGUGGAUAUCAGAAUUCGGGAGAUGUAG